AUGUCCAACAUCGUAGACAAGGUCGAUGUUCUCAUCAUUGGCGCAGGUCCGGCAGGGCUGACGGCAGCAAAUUGCUUCAAUGGUAGCAAUGGAUUACGUGUGCGAGUCAUCGAUAAAAAGUCCAGUACGGUGCAGACUGGGAAGGCAGAUGGAUUGAAAAGCAUAUCUCUCGAAGUCCUCGAUACGUUUGGAAUCGGAGAUGCUGUCCGCAAUGAAUCGCAACGAGUAGAAGAAGUUGUACUAUGGGAGCCCGAUGGUCAAGGGGGAGUCGCGCGAUCCAUGACUAUACCAGACCGAGUUCCAGAAUUAGGAAAGCCGAGAGAGAUGACUUUGGACCAAGGUCGAAUCGAGCACCAUAUGGCCAGCAACCUCAUCCGCAAAGGAAACGUACAAAUUUCCUGGGAGACGCAGCCGGUCGACCUGCAGAUCAACCAUCAACUAAUUGCAGACCCCCUUGCAUAUCCAGUCACUGUGCUGGUACGCAGCAUGGCCAACGGCAACGCACAUAUCGAAACAAUACACGCUCGCUAUGUGGUUGCUUGUGAUGGGGCCCGCAGCUGGACCAGAAAACAUCUCAACAUUCCCUUGACGGGGGAUCUGACAGAUUCGACAUGGGGGGUGAUGGACGCCGUGCCGAAAACCAACUUCCCCGAUAUCCGCAAGGUCUGUGUGGUUCAUUCAGCAAAGGGAACAGUCAUGGCGGUUCCUCGCGAGAAAAAGAUGGUACGGUUCUACAUCGCAAUGGAUGGCCCUGAUCUCGAUGUUGCAGCUGCAUUGAAUGAGUCUACCCUCACCGUGGACCAUGUCGUGGAAGCUGCGCGUUCCAUUUUCCACCCAUAUACCUUUGAGGUGGGCGAGGUGGUAUGGUGGUCCGCCUACCAGGUCGGCCAGCGCGUCGCAGAUGAAUUCUCCAAAGAAGACCGUGUCUUUCUCGCUGGCGACGCAGUCCAUACACAUUCCCCCAAAGCAGGCCAGGGAAUGAAUACUAGCAUUCAAGAUGCUUAUAACAUUGGAUGGAAGCUUCGUUUCCAUCUCGAGCAGCGCUGUUCACGUUCCCUUUUGACAACCUAUGAACAAGAAAGAAGACCCAUCGCACAACAGCUAAUCAACUUCGACCGCGAAUAUCUCGAGCUGUUUGCCAAUCCCAAUCUGGAGUUCGAGGGCUUCUUGGCUGCGUAUAAGACAGCAAUGAAGUUUACCACCGGUAUAGGAAUUCAAUAUGGCCCUUCUUUGAUCGUUGAGUCACCUGUGUUGGGGAAGACAGGCAUCGUGGCUACAGCCCUCUCACCCGGGAUGCGACUGCCCGAUUUCCAGAUGGUGAAUCAAGCCGAUGGUGUGCCGACUACACUCUAUCAUCGACUUUUCAUGAACGGACAAUUCCGAAUCUUAAUCUUUGCGGGAGAUAUCUCGAAGCAACAGCUAUUCCGGCAAUACUUGGAGUUCGGGGAGUGGUUGACACGGUUCUCACACAAGAAUGAACAGAUUGAGGCGAUCACUAUUCACUCCGCCAAACGGACCAGCAUCGAAUUGAUGGAUCUGCCUGAAGCUUUCCGUCCAUGGAAUGACGAGGAUGGCUGGGAUUAUUGGAGGGUCUAUACCGAUGACGAAAGUUAUCAUGAUGGCCAUGGAAAAGCGUAUCAGCGUUGUGGUAUUGAUAGGGAUACAGGAUGUGUUGUACUCAUCCGCCCUGAUGGCUACGCCAGCCUUAUCUGUAAAAUGGAGGAAACAAGUCGCAUCACGAACUUCUUCGAAGGCCUUCGCUCUAUUGAUUCUGGGAUGAUAGCUCAUACAGCCAGGCUUUGA